AUGUCCAAGCCUGGCCAAUUUCGAGCAGAUCUCCCAGAGCUGGCGCAGUACCUGCUAAAGAAUGGACCACGCAAGACGCUUCCUACUUCCCGUCGUGUCCGGGUUAUAUUGAACGGCACCUACAUUGUGGACACAACGAAAGCCAUUCACGUCUGGGAACAUGAGGCGUACCCCCAAUACUACCUCCCAACCACAGAACUUCGAAACUGCAAUUGGAAGGAUAAAGAAGCCAUCCACGCUGCAGAUAACGCGGCUUCUAGUGCUGCGGCUGUGGUUCAAAUCACGAUUCCUGCUCAUGACGGGUUAAAAGAGUUUACCACCGACCGUGCUUUGAGAUUCUCCGACGACGAGAAGAGCAGCGGUGCGCUUCGGGGUUUGAUCAGACUCGAGUUUGGCAGCAUGGAUCAAUGGCUGGAGGAGGAAACCCCCAUCUACGUCCACCCGAAAGACCCUUUCAAACGCAUCGACAUUCUCCCAUCUUCAAGAUCGGUUGAAGUCAAAGUUGCAGGCAAGACGGUUGCCAAAACGGAUUUCGCAGUUCACUUGUUGGAAACCGGCCUACCAACCCGUUACUAUCUGCCACUCUCAUCAGUUGACCAGUCCGUUCUUCGAAAGAGCGACCUGGUUACCAAAUGCCCUUACAAAGGAGACGCCGAGUACUACGACGUAGCCAUCAACGGUGAAGAAUUCAAGAAUCUUGUUUGGUAUUACCGGCUUCCGACGCAUGAGAGCGCGGGCAUCGCUGGUCUGCUGUGUUUUUACAACGAAAAGGUGGAUAUUAUUCUUGAUAGGGAGUUGUUAGAGAGACCAAAGACGUUCUUCUCUUGA